AUGGAGGGCAAAGAUGAUCAGAAGAAUAUGGAAGAAAAAUCAAGAUACCAACUACGUAGAAGGAGAUUAUCGAACAAUCCAAACUUUGCUUUGAACUUGGAUAUGGGGUACCAGAUUAACGAGGGUAAAGUUGCUGAUGAAACGCCAUCGCCUAGUUCUUACAAAUUUUCAUCUAAAUCUAAAGAGAAUUUACAUUCUGCUCUCCAAGAAUUCCGAAACAAACAGCAAUCAUUUGACAUACAGAUAGAAGACUGCGAAGAGGAAGAAAUAACAAUAUACAGUGAUGACGAAGCGGAGCCUGAAAAAGCGGGGCCAUCAUACGCUAACCGUCCCAUAACACCAACACCCGUUCAGGACUUCGGCACUAAUGUAGUUUAUACUGAAGGUCCGCAAGCCACAGAUUUCCUCAAGGUAAAAACAAUCGAACACGAAUGCUAUACAGAUGUGUCAGACGCCGACACUGAUGAAGAGGAAUAA